UUGCCUGGACGGAUAUUAGAUACUCUUAAUAAUCCUUCUCCAGCUAUAUCUAAGGUAUACAAUUUUGAUCACAGUGUCCCUCGGUUUUUUACUGAUGUCGGUGAAUCAAAAGGUCCCGGUGCUUCAUUUCAGACUGGCCUAGCUAGCUGGCUUCCUCGCCGGCGCAAGCUUUCCUGCAAUUCACAUUCGGCUUCUGCAGAUAGUACCUCAACUAGGGUCAGAGAAAGGGAGAAUAUGCGUCUACCUUACAUGUCACAGACAUCAGGCAAUUUGAGUGAAAUUAGCGCUCAGACUUCCUGA